GCUGGAUUUUGAAGUUUUCUUAUUCUGAAUUUCAAAACAUGAGUGCUUUGAUGGAUUUUCUUGAUUUUUCCGAUGAAGAAAUUCGUGUCACGGAGUCAUCUGAUGAGGAACCUCCACCCAUCAUGCCCAUAGUCAAAUUGGAGGUAAAUGAUGAACCCACCGAAGCUCCGGAGAUUUUCCACGAGAGACUCCGCGUGAGGAAUAAUCUCUUUGACGAUGCCCCAACGAGGAAGCUUUUCCAGGAAUGGGGGCUACAGCAGGAAGCCAUUGAUAGGCUCAUCGGUUGUGGCAUUAAGACUGAUACACACCUGAUGCUGAUGCAUCAUCAUCACAUUGAUAGCAUCUUCCUGCGAGAUGAACAGAUUGGGGAUAUAAUUAUCUUCACAGGAAAACUCCAAGAAUGGAGGAUGCGGCAGAAGGGUCUUCCUCUGGGAUGUUGUUCGAUGACUUCUCCAGCGUUGUUCAAUGGCGUGGAGUGCACAGAAAUGGAGACUUCUGCUGCUGCUUCUCCCGUUCCCUUUGAUCCACCGGAUGAAGCAACAGCCAAUGAUGAUCAGUUGACCUUCAAUUUGCAGUCUCUUCUCUGCAAAACAGCCAAAGGGCAGCAGAUCCUGUCCAAUUACGCAAGGAAUGGCUAUCUGACGUCCAAGGAACAGGCUAUUCUUUGUCACAUCAUCAUUGACUACCACAUGUCCACGAAAAUGAUGAUGUCACGGCAUCUCUUUGAGCUGUAUUCAUCGGAAAUCAUUAAACUCUUCCCUUCUGAGACAAUUGAAACCUACUAUAUGCACAGAAAAUUCUCAGCUACAAAGAACACAGCAGGGAAGCUGUAUGAUCGCUACAGGAAUAUGUCCUACAAGACGGGAUACAUCAAGAAUUUGGGAAAGUCACCCCUGAGGCACAAACGGCGGUCGCCACAGCCUAAACAUCAGCUCUCCGUGGGCUCUGUGGUUGAAACUGAAAGCCCAAUUUCUCAAGAUGAAUACAAAUUAUCAAAAGAAUGGCUGAGACUCAAUUCCAAUCCUUGGGAUAAAGUUCUCUUUGAAUGGCGAAAGAGCGCAAGUUUCCGGAUGCUUGAUCUACGGUGUCGUAGCAUCUGGACGAAUGAGGAAAUCCUCAGCUUCCUAAACGAAUGGCCACGCUACAGAGAUCCCAAAGGAUAUUAUUUGGUGGAGAUUGACUUUGAUUUCAGGCAUCCAGGGAAGAAAUAUGAUCUAAUUAGUAAUUUCCGUGAUCUCCACACUGCCAUGAAGCCCAUAAUUAUUCAAGAAAUGAAGGAGAAGGUGAAUCACAAAAUGCUGGAGGAAUACUUCUCACAAGCAACAGAUUUAGAUUCAAUGGACUGCCUCCUUAUCCGCCUAAUUCACGCAUUAAUCCCACCGGCUCGACAAAAUUCGUGCCAGAAACCAUCAGUUACCGAGGCUCAGGAGGAUUUUGUCACCUGCUUCCCGACAGUGUACAAGAUUGGAGAGAGAGUAACCGCAAAGGUAGAUAAGCAUUCGCCUGAGCCACGAAUCUUCGUCGUUGGACCACACUACGGGUGUUUGUCACAAUUCUACGUCUUCUUUUGUGGAAUCCUCUAUAAACAGCCCACAUUUAUCAAAUCUCUCGAUUUGGCGCUCAAAAUCUACGCUGUGUUCAAUAUGAAUUUUUCGCAGAAGAGUCGCCUAGUGUGGUCAUUCCUCUACAGUCACUUCUUCAAGCUGGAGGAUCGAUACAUUGCACCAAAAGUACUCAAUCUCAUCAAUAAAGUCAACAAUUUGGCACUUGCAACGGCAAAUGUUGCUUAAAAUUAAAUUUUAUUUUUGAAAGUACGACAUUUGCUUAUACACGUGACGUGAUGUAUGCAAAAUUUUCUAUUAGACGGAUUUUUUAAACUAUGAGAAUGCAAUCAGUAAGCUUAUGUUGAACCUGAAUUUGAAUUAAAGAAAUUAUUUGAAGUUAAAA